CACUCACACGACGGUCACUCGCACUCCCAUGAAGGUACAGCCGACCAUGGCCAUAGCCAUGAGAUCCUCGACGGGCCAGGAUCGUUUCUGGGUCGCGAAAUGCCCAUCAUCGAAGGUCGUGACUGGAAAGAGAGAGCUUUCACCAUAGGUAUUGGUGGACCAGUCGGCUCCGGCAAGACCGCCCUGAUGCUCGCUCUAUGUCUUGCACUUCGUGACAAGUACAACAUCGCUGCUGUGACCAACGACAUCUUCACGAGAGAAGACUGCGAGUUCCUCACCAAACACAAAGCUCUACCGGCAGAGCGGAUCCGAGCGAUAGAAACAGGUGGCUGCCCGCAUGCUGCAGUGCGAGAGGAUAUCUCUGCCAACUUGGCGGCUCUGAUCGAUCUGCAUAAAGAGUUUAACACCGAGAUUUUGCUCAUUGAGAGUGGCGGUGACAACUUGGCUGCCAACUACUCUCGAGAGUUGGCAGACUACAUCAUCUACGUGAUCGAUGUCAGCGGAGGUGAUAAGAUUCCACGGAAGGGCGGUCCGGGCAUCACGCAGAGCGAUCUCUUGAUCGUGAACAAAACGGACCUGGCAGAGCUCAUUGGCGCGGACCUGAAUGUCAUGGACCGAGAUGCAAGAAAGAUCCGUGAGGGCGGACCAACGAUUUUUGCGCAGGUCAAAAACGGGAAAGGAAUGGACCACAUUGUAGACCUCAUCCUGAGUGCCUGGAGAAGCAGUGGAGCA